AUGGCAUCUCGAGAAGCAGCCAUGUCGAAAACUGCUUGUGUAGUUGGAGGCACUGGUUUCAUGGCAUCGUUGCUUGUUGAGCUGUUGCUUGAGAAAGGAUAUUCAGUCAAUACGACUGUCCGGGACCCUGGUAAUGAGAAAAAGAUUUCUCCUCUCUUGGCAUUGCAAAGUUUAGGCAACUUGAAGCUUUUUCGAGCAGACUUAACUGAUGAAGCAAGCUUAAAUGACCCUAUAGCAGGCUGUGACAUGGUCUUCCAUGUCGCAACACCUAUUAAUUUUGCGUCUGAAGAUCCUGAAAAUGAUAUGAUAAAACCAGCAAUUGAAGGAGUUAUUAAUGUAAUAAACGCCAGUGCAAAAGCAGGUACUGUCAAACGUGUCAUUUUAACCUCAUCGGCAGCUACUAUCACUAUAAAUCAGUUUGACGGGAAAGGCCUCGUUAUGGAUGAGGAAAACUGGAGCGAUGAUGAGUUUCUUACUUCUAAGAAGCCGCCUACUUGGGCGUAUCCUGUCUCAAAAAUACUUGCUGAAAAGACUGCAUGGAAACUCGCCAGGGAGAAUAACAUUGAUCUCGUUACCAUUAUUCCGUCUCUCAUGGCUGGUCCUUCUCUUACUGCAGAAAUUCCUCCCAGCAUCAGCCUUGCCACGUCCUUGAUCACAGGAAAUGAGUUCCUCAUAAACCAAUUGAAGGGGAUGCAGAUGCUUUCAGGUUCAAUCUCCCUGACACAUGUUGAGGACGUUUGUCGUGCCCAUGUAUUUAUAGCCGAGAAGGAAUCAGCUUCUGGUCGAUACAUUUGCUGUGCUGUCAAUACCAGUGUGUGUGAACUAGCGAAAUUCUUGAAAAAAAGAUAUCCCAUGUAUCAAAUCCAUACAGAUUUUGGAGAAUUCCCUUCUGAAGCCAAGUUAAUAAUCUCAUCAGAAAAGCUUAUUAAAGAGGGAUUCAGCUUUAAGUAUGGGAUUGAAGAAAUAUACGAUCAAUCUGUGGUUUAUUUGAAGGCCAAUGGUUUACUACAGAACUGA